GAAGUGACCUCACUGCCUAGGAAAAAGGAAACCAUUUCCGUUUUCUUCCUGUUGUCUGGAGAGAGAAGUCCUGACCUUUUUUUGGAGGACGCUGGGCGGAGUAACCUGCCAAGAUGGGUGGCCAUUUUGGGAACCUGGAACGGAUGCGGCACGUGAUCACUUACAGCUUGUCUCCCUUUGAGCAGAGGGCUUUCCCCAACUACUUCUCAAAAGGGAUUCUCAACGUCUGGAGGCGAUUCAGCUCCCAGGUCUUGCGUGUGGCUCCUCCAUUUGUCAUCGCCUACGUUGUUUAUUCCUGGGGAACCCAAGAGUUUGAGCGUCUGAAAAGAAAGAACCCUGCCGAUUAUGAAAACGAUGAGUAAUUUGGUGCAAACAAAGGCAGUGCUUCUUGGCAUUUAAUCUUGCUUUGUUGACUUAUCUAUUACAAGAAUCUAUAAUAUUUAGAUUGUUCAAUAAACUAUUCCUCUUCCAGGCGUGAAAAA